CGGAAAAAACAACUAUAGUCACAAGUACGAAAAAAUCAUGUUUGUACUCAAACACAAAACUGUGAACAGCAGCGUGGACAUGUUUAUUCCGGACGCAGUGUUUUUUGUGAAACAUGGAAGACUGCAUACGACAAUAGUUGACCAGAGAAAUAGCCGAAAAAAUCAACAGGAACAGAUUUUAAGAUGCCUGCAAGAAAGAAUUAGAUUGGAUCAAUAUUGUUUUGUGAACAAGGCAAACAGCUGGCUUCAAGAUGUUUACAGCGAUAGCCAUAAGGAGAUAGACUCCACUUCUACCAUGGAAUGCAUGCCGAAUGCAAUGAGCAUCCCGAAACUCAAUGAUGACUGUCUCAUACUGAUAUUCAAGCAGGUCAAUUUGGCGGAUCUCAUUUCUCUGAAAAGAAGUUCUAUUCGGUUCCAGAACAUUGUAGAUGACCUUUUCAAACGGUACAAGUACUUGUAUGUCGAUGAGCAUACACAUAAAAAGCUAACCUUGUUGGAAAUAAGAACAUUAGAGGCAAAUGAACUGCAAAGUUUAAAGCCUCUUAAAAACAAAGAAAGAAAGAAAGAAAGAAAUAAGAAAUAUUUUAAUUGGUGUGGGACCCCAUUAAUGGAUCUCAUUGGACCAUUUCACGCAAACUAAGCUUAGAAUUCUAAAACUAAUAUCAAAACACUGUAUCACGCUGAAGAAACUAGAACUAAAAAAAUUCUGUAACAUAUUCGAUUUUAAAAUUUAUGGAUACUCAAAAACUAUUUCUAAAAUAGUGAAAGGACUAACUAUAAUUGCCUGUUUGACUAAUGGACGUAAAGUAGAUAUUGAUACUAGUAAAAUAGGUAAUUCGAGAGACUCACGAAAUAUGAUGAUUUUUUCAUUAUUACAAGAACUUUGAAUUUAUUAAGAUCUGCGAUCACUGAAUUGUACUUGAUAUCGUUUGAAUUGAUUUAAAAAUAA